UUGGCUGAAGGCCGGUAGUGAGAAGAGGUCUCGAGCUACUUCAACAAAACUUUCUCUCCAGUCUUUCCUGCUCCCUCUCCCCCUUUCUCCCUCUGAUGGUAUUCAAAUAACAACUCUGCAUUGAAAGGGGGUGGUCAGGAAGAUAACCCCAAAAUUAAAUCUUUCUCCCUCUCCCCACUUCCUUUUUACCCCUUUUCCUUCUCCACCCCGCUUUGGUUGUAAAAGACAAAAAUAUGCAGGGUGAUAGAUAGACAGACUGGAUGAACUGAUGGCAUCCCCCUUUCUGCCAAGUCAGUCCGUUUUCUCAGCUUCCCCUCUUUAGAAAGUGUAGAGGAUUUCAUUCUGCUCUAGAAUAUAACUGGCGUGGCUUGCCAAGAGGGGGAAAACCAGAGAGAGGAAUACGGGAAUCCUCCAGACUGUGCAAUUUCUAUUGUUUGCAACUCCCUUUAUAUCAGAGAAAUUGAAGAUGAAAACGGUAAAGAAAUGGACAACAUUCAAUUUAACUCCUCAUUGACAUGUGAAGGAAUUCAUUUUUAAUUUGCCUUUGAACUGAAAAUGUCUGCAGACAUAGAAAAAAGAGCUGAUUGUUGCAGAACACCUGCCAAGAAGUGGAACCACCAAUAGUUAAUCUUGAAGAAAUAUAAUUUAAAUACUGGUUAUGGUGCAAUUCUGGAGUGGAGUUAAAGCUGUAGCACAUAGGUAGCCCCACUUCUUCCAAAUUAUGGAAAUUUUGUGGAAGACGUUGACCUGGAUUUUGUGCUUAAUCAUGGUUUUGUCAGAAUUUCAUGGUGACAACAGACUUUCUUAUAGUUCUCAAGAGGAAUUCCUGUCCUACCUUGAACACUACCAACUAACAAUCCCAAUAAGGGUUGACCAUAAUGGAGCCUUCCUCAGCUUUACUGUGAAAAAUACUAAGCCCUCCAGGAGAAAGAAGAGGAGUACUGAUCAAGAACUGGCUGUAUCUAAAUUAUUUUUUAAACUUUCUGCCUAUGGCAAGCACUUUCAUUUAAACCUGACUCUCAACACAGAUUUGGUCUCCAAACACUUCACAGUAGAAUACUGGGGGAAAGAUGGACCUCAGUGGAAGCAUGACUUUUUAGACAACUGUCAUUACACGGGAUAUUUACAUGACCAGCACAGUACAACUAAAGUAGCAUUAAGCAACUGCAAUGGUCUGCAUGGUGUUAUUGCUACAGAAGAUGAAGAGUAUUUUAUUGAGCCUCUAAGAAACACAACUGACAAUUCCAAUCAUUUUACAUAUGAAAGUGGUCAUCCUCACGUUAUUUACAAAAAGUCUGCCAUGUACCACCAUCUCUUCUAUGAUCAUACCCAUUGUGGUGUCUCAGAAGACCUCACAGGAAGCAGUAAAUCUUGGUGGUUGAACAAUACCUUUACUUUUCCAACUUUACUUCCAAUUAAUCACGUAUUAAAUAACCAUCAUCGACUGAAGAGAUCAAUAAGCACUGAACGUUUUGUGGAGACGCUGGUAGUAGCAGACAAAAUGAUGGUGGGAUACCAUGGUCGCAAAGAUAUUGAGCAUUACAUUUUGAGUGUCAUGAAUAUUGUUGCCAAACUUUACCGUGAUUUCAGUCUAGGAAAUGUUGUGAAUAUUAUAGUGACUCGUUUAAUUGUCCUCACAGAAGAUCAGCCAAACUUGGAGAUAAAUCACCAUGCAGACAAGUCCCUUGAUAGCUUCUGUAAGUGGCAGAAAUCCAUUCUCUCUCACCAAAGUGAUGGAAACACCAUUCCAGAAAAUGGAAUUGCCCACCAUGAUAAUGCGGUCCUUAUUACUAGAUACGAUAUCUGCACAUAUAAAAACAAGCCUUGUGGAACACUGGGCUUGGCCUCUGUGGCUGGAAUGUGUGAGCCUGAAAGGAGCUGUAGCAUUAAUGAAGAUAUUGGCCUGGGUUCAGCUUUUACCAUCGCACAUGAGAUUGGUCACAAUUUUGGUAUGAACCAUGAUGGAAUUGGAAAUUCUUGUGGGACCAAAGGUCAUGAAGCAGCAAAACUUAUGGCAGCUCAUAUUACAGCGAACACCAACCCCUUCUCAUGGUCAGCCUGCAGCAGGGAUUAUAUCACCAGUUUUUUAGAUUCAGGCCGUGGUACUUGCCUUGAUAAUGAGCCUCCCAAGCGUGACUUUCUUUAUCCUGCUGUGGCCCCAGGUCAGGUGUAUGAUGCUGAUGAACAGUGUCGCUUCCAGUACGGAGCAACUUCCCGCCAAUGUAAAUAUGGGGAAGUGUGUAGAGAGCUUUGGUGCCUCAGCAAAAGUAACCGCUGUGUUACCAACAGUAUUCCAGCAGCUGAAGGUACUCUUUGUCAGACUGGAAGUAUUGAAAAAGGGUGGUGUUAUCAGGGAGAGUGCGUUCCUUUUGGCACUUGGCCCCAGAGCAUAGAUGGGGGUUGGGGUCCCUGGUCAAUAUGGGGAGAGUGCAGCAGGACCUGCGGGGGAGGAGUCUCAUCAUCCAUAAGACACUGUGACAGUCCAGCACCUUCAGGCGGAGGAAAAUACUGUCUUGGAGAAAGGAAACGAUAUCGUUCCUGUAAUACUGAUCCAUGUCCUUUAGGAGCUCGUGAUUUUAGAGAAAAACAGUGUGCGGACUUUGACAAUAUGCCUUUUCGAGGAAAAUAUUACAACUGGAAGCCAUAUACAGGAGGUGGGGUUAAGCCAUGUGCAUUAAACUGCUUAGCAGAAGGUUACAACUUUUACACUGAACGUGCCCCUGCAGUGAUAGAUGGAACACAAUGUAAUGCAGAUUCAUUGGAUAUUUGUAUCAAUGGAGAAUGCAAGCAUGUAGGAUGUGACAAUAUUUUGGGAUCUGAUGCUAAAGAAGACAGGUGCCGGGUAUGUGGAGGAGAUGGCAGUACAUGUGAAGCUAUUGAAGGUUUUUUCAAUGACACAUUGCCCAGAGGAGGCUACAUGGAAGUGGUUCAGAUUCCAAAAGGUUCUGUUCACAUUGAAAUCAAAGAAGUUGCAGUGUCAAAGAACUACAUUGCUUUAAAAUCUGAAGAGGACGACUAUUAUAUUAAUGGUGCCUGGACUAUCGACUGGCCUAGAAAAUUUGAUGUUGCUGGAACAGCUUUCCAUUAUAAGAGGCCAGCAGAUGAACCGGAAUCUUUGGAAGCCUUAGGCCCCACUUCAGAAAACCUCAUAGUCAUGAUUUUACUACAGGAGCAGAAUCUGGGGAUAAGGUAUAAAUUCAAUGUUCCCAUCUCUCGCACUGGCAGUGGCGACAAUGAAGUUGGCUUUACAUGGAAUCACCUACCUUGGUCAGAAUGUUCUGCUACUUGUGCUGGAGGUAUGCAGAAACAAGAAGUAGUGUGCAAAAGACUGGACGACAGCUCUGUAGUACAGAACAAUUACUGUGAUCCUGAUGGUAAGCCACCAGAAAAUCAAAGAGAGUGCAACACUGAGCCUUGUCCACCUGAAUGGUUUAUUGGAGAUUGGUCAGAAUGCAGUAAGACCUGUGAUGGUGGAAUGAGAACACGAACAGUCCUGUGUAUCAGAAAGAUCGGCCCUUCUGAAGAGGAGACUUUGGACAGUAGUAAUUGUUUAACACACCAGCCUAUUGAAAAAGAAUCCUGUAACAACCAGUCUUGUCCCCCACAGUGGGUGGCUUUGGAUUGGUCAGAAUGUACUCCCAAAUGUGGUCCUGGCUUCAAGCAUCGAAUUGUUUUGUGCAAAAGCAGUGACCUUUCCAAAACAUUUCCAGUUGCACAUUGCCACGAAGAAAACAAACCACCAGUCCGCAUGCGCUGCAGCUUGGGCAGAUGUCCUCCUCCACGAUGGGUUACUGGAGACUGGGGACAGUGCUCUGCACAGUGUGGUCUUGGACAACAGAUGCGAACUGUGCAAUGUCUCUCAUAUACUGGACAAGCAUCCAGUGACUGUCCAGAUACUGUUCGACCACCAUCAAUGCAACAGUGUGAAAGCAAAUGUGACAGUACUCCAAUUUCCAACACAGAAGAAUGCAAAGAUGUGAACAAAGUGGCUUAUUGCCCACUGGUGCUGAAGUUCAAGUUCUGCAGUCGAGCAUACUUCAGACAGAUGUGCUGCAAGACCUGCCAAGGACAUUGACCCCCUGUGAAAUUGAAAGUGCCUUGCUAUUUCAUUGUGGAAACAUGUCCAUCAAAGAUUGCUGCACAGUGGAACCAGAAAGAUGUCUUUGUAAAUGCAUCACCCUGUGGAAAAUGUAACCACUGGUCAGCCCCAGCUGACAGAAUUUCAAUAUUAUUUUAACUUCUGUGAAGUGGGAUUUAUUCAUCCAAAGUGCUGGACACAGUAUAAGGAGGGCAUGCCAAAUUGGAAAAAUACACACAGUGCAUACAGAGUAACUUAUAGUCGAACAUAUAUGUACUUUUGACUAAAUCCAAUAGUCUGUUUACCUCCUUGGACCAUUAAGAUAAUUUUUAUUAUGGACUUAGCAAUGACACUGAAUCCAUUUGUAUUUAAUAUUGUUUAAAAUGUAGCUGUUACGGUUUAGUCAACUACAGAAGUAAAGAAGAAUUUUAAAAAUCUUGUCAUAGCUUAUAAUUAAUAACUAUUUUAUCUUACUACAUAGCACCACAAUUUAAAUUAAAGAAAUGGUUUUGGGAAUAUUAUUUUAGAAACAAUUAUAAACCAGAAAUAAAAGAAAUGUAUUUUUCUUUGUUCAUCUAAGAAGAAUCCAUAUUUCCUGAAGACUGCUGUGAGCCAUAUCUAAAGCUAAACUAAAAUAGAACAAUGAGAAACAUAGGGUUAAGAGAUGCAACAGAUUGCCUGGGUGCAUCAGAUAAUAAAGAAAUACAAGCUACAGUUUAUAGCCAUCUUCUCAUGUUACAAUUAAACCAGGUUUUCCACUAAAAGGGAAUAUAUCAAUACAAUGGAGGAGUUGUACUACAAUGGUGAAGAACGCAUUUCCUACUAUUUCACUGCCUAUGUAAACAAUGCUUAAGGCUAACGUCUUCAUAUUCACUAUUUUAUCACUUCAGUUACAGAGAGGCAUUUCAUUUUCCAGACACCUAACUGGUUUUGUUACUCUGUAAUUACAAAUGAUAAACUGACUGUGUAGUACAAUAGUCUUCUGCUGAUCAUGUUGAAAUAUCCAGUGGGUUUUCAGUUUUCUUCCUUGUUACAAUAGGAAAGCAUUGAUUUAUGAGAGACAGUAGAUGAGAGAGAAUAUGGACAAACCCACAUUUGGAGACUCUUAAACAACCAAAGAAUACAUAACUUAUGGGAACUUUCAAGUCAAAGUAUCAUAGUUGUUAUAUUCACCAUAUCAAUAUGUUAAUACUCUGAAUUGUAUUUAAAUGUGAAGCCAAGCUCCUUGGGUAAAAUAGAUUCCAUAAUCCAGUGUGAGCUGAUACUAAUGGCCAUACUUCUCCCCCAUUCCCUGCUUUGUCAGUGACACAACAAAGAGAUAAGGAAAGUGGGUACUUGUUUAAUUAUUAUAUUGUACUUGAACACUUGCAGUUUGUAGCAGGUACUUGAUGAAUGUGCUUUUGUGUCCAACUUGCCUCCUUUGUUGUAGUGCAAUUGAGAUGAUGUGAACACCACCACCUUGUAUUAACACUAGAAGUCAAAUGGCACUUUUAUAAAAAGAAUACUCUUAAUGAGACAAGUUUUUAUAACAUGUAUAUAUCUUCUAAAUGUGUCAGUAUAUUUAACAAAUUGCGGUAAGCCAAAUGUGUUGAACAAUAUUUACUAAUGUGAAUUAACCGUACAAACAGAGAGAUAGAAAGAAAGAGAGAGUAUUGUACUAUACAGAAAAGAAACCACACCCUUGACAAUCCAUCAGUGGGGUUUUCUGUAACCCAUUACCAUCGUACUCCUGUCAUGUUCUACCUCUUGACAGUAUGUUUCACUUUCAUACAUCUGUAAGCAGUGCAUUUCAUUUCUGGCAAAUGUGUUUACUUGGAGUCAUUUACUGCUCUCAUUCGUAAUGUACAUAGCUCUCAUUGAAAUGGGAAAGGAAAUAUAUAUAUAGAUUUGGGAGUUAACUUGUAGGCAUAAAGGGCAAUGUAGCCAACAAGUGAAUGACCCUUGUACAUCAGUCUAUUAAUGACAUAUCUUGGUGCUAGCAUACCUUGACUACGUAAAAAUAUGAUAAAAGGGAUAGGUGUUGCAAGGGCAUUUUCCAGGCAAGAGACUACAGUCUAUAACUCUGGUUUGCUCUGAGGCAUGAAUAUAUUUAUUAGUUAAUCUGACUUUCCAACUAACAAGAAAUUAUGGGUUUCGUUCAAGCAAAGUCCCUUUUACCUCACUUAGGACUUUGAUAUUGCAAAUAGUGUUUCCACAGGACACAUUUUGCUGUUUAAUUGGUGCUAGAAGACCAGGGAGUCCAGUGUUUACUCUGCAGCAUAGAAGAGCAUUGAGUUUGGAAUUUAAGGAUCUCCCUGGAGCAGUGUUGACUAGCCUUGCUAAAGGGAAUGAAAUACAGAAUGUUUUGGGAUUACAUGUGGACUGAUGUGUUGCUCCAGACCUGAAAGAAAAGCCUGAAUAAAUGAGGUCAAUCAUUGGGUUCUACAGCACAGGACAUUGCUGCUGCUACAUACACUAUAGCCAUCUAUAUAAUCUAAGCUAAAAUAUUAAAAGUAUUAUAUUCCUAAAUAAUGACCAUAGGACCAUUUGUAUAGGCUACACAAAGAUGAGAAGCCUAGGAAUCAGGGGCGUAACGAGGCUGGAGUGGGCCCAGAGACAAAAUUUUAAAAUUGGCCCCUCGCUGAUACACACACACUCACUUCACAUGUGACUUGCCUCUGGGGGGCCCCUUGAGGCGUGGGGCCCCCAGGCAGCCGCCUCCCCUUGCCUAAUGGUAGUUACGCCCCUGCUAGGAAUUCAGUAGCAGAGUAUUAAAUUCACAAAGGUUGGUGGUAUUUCCACUGAGCAAUGCCACCAACUAUAAAGCUAUUGUACUGAAAGACAAUAAUGCCUACCAUUUAACCUGUCAAAAAAUACAAACCUAGAAUCCAGUCUUUAUUAAUGGUAUGGAUAUCACAUAAGUUUCCUUUAACAGUACAGAAUGAAAAAAACUUUCUAUUAUUGUGAUUAGUUGCUUAUUAUUUUAUAUGCAGUAUUAAUGCGGUACACUGUUACAUUGUUAUUAUUUUUAUUUGCUUUUGUAAAUUAUAUGCUAAUUUAUUUCCAAGUUUCCUAACACUUGUUCUUACAUGUCAUGCAUUCUGCUGCUUGUAACACUUGAUGCAGUAAAAUUCUACACCAGGCACAGAUUUGUUUUAAUAUAGAUAAUUUAGUAAAAUAAAAAAUGCAGUUUUAAAGAA